AUGUUUAGCCAAGAGUCACAGUCUCUGAUAGUGCUCUGUGAAUGUCGUGAGAAAGUGCAGGCAGAGAGACUCCCUCUUGAUGUAUUACCUGCUGAUGGAUCGGAGCCAUGGAUCCUGAGUGCUAAUAGAAUGGAGGGUAAUGAUUUAGAUGGUGGAGGGGAAAGUUUCGUCUCGCCUGACGAAUCUGGGCAAAGAGAAGAACAUCAAGAAUCAAGUUCGCCUAACUUGUUGAAUGCUUCUAUGCCCGAGUCUAUCAUCAGAGCGGUGGGUGAUUUGCUUGCAAAAACCACCAAAAUCUCGAGUGAUAGCAGUUCCUUUAGACGUUUAAGGACCUUUUCAGGUAUCACACCUAUUCCGGCUGGAGAGGAUAAUUUAGAGAAUUGGAUGGAACAAGCAAUGCUCAUGGUUGAGGAAAGUGAUCGUUCCGAAAAAGAAAAGAAAUUAAGGAUAGUGGAGAGUUUGCGAGGACCAGCCUUGGAGAUUAUCCAAGCGGUAAGGUUUACAAACUCAGAAGCAUCUCCAAGAGAGUAUCUUGCAGCUAUUGAAAGUGCUUUUGGAAGCUCAGAGUCCGGUGAAGAUCUGUAUUUCAAGUUCAGAGCAUUACAGCAACGUCAUGGAGAAUGCUUGUCGGAUUUCCUGAGGAGAAUUGAGAAAAUCUUGAUUAGAGUUGUACAGAAAGGAGGCCUACCUGCCCAGUUGGCUGGAAAAGCACGUCUGGAGCAACUCAUCAGAGGAGCAAUCCAGGCUGACAUCAUGCUGCUUCAGUUACGCCUAAGGGAACGAAAGGAAAACCCACCUGAUUUCCUAGAUCUGCUACAUGAGAUUCGGGAAGAGGAGGUAAGAGAAGCUGAAAGACGAAAGGCUAAUCCAACCGUUCGUCAAGUGCAAAUUGGAAGUGAGAAUUCCAAAGACUCAUCCUUUCAAGAGCUUGCAACUGAGAUCAAGGACUUACAAACUAUGGUGGCAGAACAGUUAAGUCAAAGGAUGAUGCGAUUUCUGAAAAGAAACCGAAAAGCCAGCAAGCAUCAGAGUUCAAUGAUGAAAGUUAUAAAGUACAAGCUCUGA